GGUUUGGUUUUCUCGGAUUGGGAUUUUGCGAAGAUGUUCGGGCCGAUUUGUGUUGUACUGUUGGGACUUGGGGCAAGUCUGGGUCUCAAUGCAGUGUAUGUGAACAACCAUAAGAUCGAUAAGUACGACGUGGACAAAAUCAAGUUGUUGACUCCCGCUCCGACCAGUGAUCAAGUGACAAAGAUCAAUAUGAUUACGAAGGAUAAUUUUACGAAUCCGUUGCACUACUAUCAGUAUUUGGUGGGAAGUGAUCCCGGUGGUCACGUGGAGUUAUUGUGGGGAAACAACAAAACGUAUCUUCCGACGAUUUUUCGGAGUUCGACAACUACCGAACCUUCGAUCGCCGGUUCAAUCAAUUAUGCAGAUGAUUUGUCGUCGAUGGAGAACACCUUGAACAACACUACCCCGAUCUAUAAAGGGGACUAUCACGUGGAACAAAUUCAAGCUCCAUCAACGACAACAGCCCGACCUGUACGGCGAUUGAAGAAACCUACCAGAAAACCACCUAUCAUCAGGAACCAAACUCAAAUAUCGGAGAAAACGUUGGAGUUGCUACGGAAGUACUUCACCGUCAACUGUACUCUUACGCCAAUACAAGAACCCUCCACAACUCCAAUGCCAAAAAUCGCCACUAGUACGAAGAAGCCCAAAGCGAAAAUCAAGAAAAUAAAGAACUCGAAGACCACGGCAUUGGGGUCGACGACCGCUACAACCACCGCGCGUCCUUUCACGAAGAAAGUGAAGGCCACGAAACACAAGAAACCUUUCGAGCAGGUUGUCUACGUGGAUCCUCCGGUCAUUUCGACUAUCAGUGGAGUGUUGGAGAAAAUUUACAACUACAUGGAGGAUGCUUUUGUCAGCACCGAGUACAUAUCGAUCGAGGACGACGAAGUGCAGGAACAAAGAAAACAUCUAGCCUUACAGGCGAAGAAAAUCAAAAACGGAAAGAAGAUCAAGCGAAAUUCAGUUGGUGAACUGAAACCGGAAUUGACCACUGCGCCAUCUGCGUUCACUUCGAAGCAGUAUCAAGAGGAUAACUCGAAACGCGUCACAAUGGCGGAAAUUCCUCUGAUAGAUGCAGUACAGGCAAACAAGAAUAAGCUCACGACGAAUAUUCAUGUAACCAGUGAGUACUCUCCAGCAACUCCGGCGACGGUAUCGUUUCUACCACCAGCAGUGGUGGAUGACAAAGAUGGAAGCAGUGAAGAAUCGGACGAAGGCGACUACUAUGAAGGUUUUUCGAAUACCAGCUAUGAAGAGGAUGAAGAUGACGAAGAGGACGACGACGGAAGCCAGGAGGAUGAAGAGAACAGUGAAGAGUAUGAUGAAAGUGUGGAGGCGGCUGGGAACCAAGCUGGGGUAGUAGUGAACGAUAAGGACUAUGAUUACGAAGAUAACAGUGGUAGUAGUUAUGAUAAAACAAAAGUGAAGGUUACACAUCAACCGACUGGUGGCGAAGACUACAGUGAUGAAGAAUCGGAAGAAUAUGAUAGUGGAGAAGACACGAGUACUGGGCCAGGAAGCUUCUUCAGUGGGUUAUUUUCAUCCAUUGGGCGGUUUGUUCGAUCGUUGGGUUUCGGUCCUCGAACGACGGUUGAGUAUGACGAUUACGAUGAAACCCGUAGUACAACUCCAAGGAUUGUGGACCUCAAGAAACGUCCUACUCGAAGCACAUCGAACCUGGAAACACAGACGCAAAUCGAGCGAGUUCAUGAUGCCACGGAGAAGCAACAAGCGUGGUAUCACUAUCCACCGUAUUUGUACAACGAAAUCGAAGAACCGGAGAUUCAGCUUCCUGCUAUAGACGCUAAUACUGUACCAGAGCAAAGCAUCGAGCACGAUUGGUUUAAUUUCAUGACACCUUGGGACUUCUUCAACCCAUGGAUUCCGUGGGAUAACUCUCCUACAACUGAAAGCUCAGCCGAUCCUAUCGAAAUAACUUUGGCGCCAACGGUCACGACAACAACUGAACCAAGCGCUGGGUGGCUUCCAAAUCUCUUCGGAGGAGACUCUUCAGUCGGAGCACAUCUAGCUAAACCUACGACUCCGAAACCGUUAAUCCCAUUCCUUCCAGCGUCAGAUCCGAUGCAAAAACCGGAAAACUGGUUCGGAGUUAUCGCACAACACGUUUUCACUACAACCAGAAAGCCUAGAUCUACCACGCCGCCACCUUCGACAACUCAUCUAACAAAACCCACAAAGGUACACUACAGCGGGUAUCAGCUGUGGCGCGUCUAUCCAAGAACCGCCGAGCACAUGCGCUCCCUUGAAGACUACCGACUGUCACCAGAAGGAGUGAAGCUUCAGUGGUGGAAGGGGCCAUCACUCCGGGGAGCUAACGACAUUCUCGUACCGCCCCACAUGGUGGAGACGUUCGGAGAAUACCUCCAAGAUGAAGACAUGUCGAAGGAGAUCGUCAUCAGGAACUUGGGACAAGCGAUACAGUACGAAAAUCCGAAGAUGACUCGACGGGAGCAGAUCGAGAUUGAAGUUCUGAACGGGCACCCGUUGACGUGGUAUCGGUACCAUCGCUAUGCGGAUUUGACGAAGUUCAUGAACUACCUGGGACGGCGCUUUGCGAAGAAUGUGGAGUUGAUACACAUCGGGCGAAGCUUUGAGGGACGGCCGUUGACUGUGGUGAAGGUUAGGUUUGACGGGAAGCGAUCGCUUGCGGGCAAAAUGAGCAAUUCUAAAUUUUUGAAGGGUAAGAAGAGUAAGAGGAAGAAUGUGGUUAAGCGAAGGGAACAGCGACCUGCGGUCUUCAUUGAAGCUGGUGCUCACGGGCGGGAAUGGUUAGGUCCAAGUGUUGCUACUUGGAUUUUGGAUUCAUUGACGAAGGCAAUAUCCAAUAACGAUACGGAUCUCGAGAGCAUUAAAUCCAUGGAUUGGUACGUUCUUCCAGUGUUCAACCCUGACGGUUACGAAUACAGCCACGAAUACGAUCGAAUGUGGCGUAAGUCACGUUCCAAACACCAGGAGACGCAAAGCUCCGGUAUUCUGUCAACUGCACUCAACUGGCUACAAUCGCAAAGCUCCCUCUCCGUAGACUCCGACCAAGGCUGCAUUGGAACGGAUCUCAACCGCAACUGGGAUCACCGUUGGAAUGAGGAGGGCGCUUCGAAAUCCGCGUGCAGUGAGUACUACUCCGGAUACAAGGCCUUUUCCGAGCUGGAGACCAGAGCACUGAGCAAGUUCCUGAUGCAGGCUCGUCGCAACAUCCAGAUAUACCUCUCGUUGCACUCGUACGGUCAGACCAUCACCUAUCCGGAUAGAAAGCGAUCUACCGGUUCGGAGCGUUUCGGGGAUGUCCACGAGAUGGCAGCAGUUGCCGUUGAAGCACUUCGCGGCUCCGGAAGUCAUGUUUCCUAUCAGGUGGAUAGCGAGGGGGAGAUGAGUUACCCGAGUUCGGGAACUUCAGUGGAGUUUGCACGAUACGAAGCUGGAAUCAAGUAUACGUACUCAGUGGAUCUGCCCGACACGGGAACCCAUGGGUUCCUAUUUCCUCCGUCAGGCAUUGAAAACACGGCUAAGGAUACGUUCGAGCUGAUCAAAGGAAUGGUUGAUUAUAUUUAGGUUACUUAGGCUAAGCUUUUGUACAAUUUCCUACGAUUAUUAGUAAUAGAUAACCGUUUUUAAACACGAUUGAUAUUUCGGAGAAAGUCCUUCAACCAUCGGUCGAAGCGAUAGAG